ACAAUGAGACAAUGACAAUGACAAUGCAAGAGAUGCAAAGGCUCAUCAGUGAAAUCCAUGGCUGAAGGAAUGCUGAUCAAGUGGGAGGAUCAGCCUGAUCCCAUCCCAGGCUGCUCAGUGCCACGGGCAGCAGACUCAGAGGUCGCUGGCCAGGAAGGUGUCACCGUGUCCUCUGGGGAACUGAAGGAGCUGGGCACUCCUCAUUAGCCAGAAUUCCCUCUCACUUCCAUGUGUGUCUUGUUUUACAGAUGGGGAAUGAGUCCAACACCUCAGCGUUCACCUCCACCUUAUCGGAGACAGAAGACCUGAUUUUUGGCACUCUCUAUUUAGUCUUUGGCAUCAUAUCCCUGUCUGGGAACUCCCUGCUGCUGCUGGUGGCCCAUCAGAAGAGGUCCCUGCUGAAACCUGCCGAGUUCUUCAUCGUCAACCUGGCCAUCAGUGACCUGAGCAUGACGGUGACGCUCUUCCCCUUGGCCACCUCCUCCUUCUUUGCACACAGGUGGCUCUUUGGGCAGGCCCUGUGCACCCUCUACGCGUUCUGCGGGGUUCUGUUCGGGCUGGGCAGCCUGGGCAGCCUGGCGGUGCUGAGUGCCGUGUGCUGCCUGAAGAUCUGCUUCCCGGCAUACGGGAGCAGGUUCUCUCGGAGGCACGCCGUGGGGCUGCUGCUGGCCGUCUGGGCCUACGCCCUGGCCUUCGCCACCGCGCCCCUGGCCCGCUGGGGCGGCUACGGCCCCGAGCCCUAUGGCACAGCCUGCUGCAUCACCUGGGAGGCCUCCAGCAGGGAGGCCACGCUCUACAUCCUCGCCCUCUUCAUCUUCUGCUAUGUCCUGCCCUGCCUGCUCAUCCUGCUGUCCUACGCACUGAUCCUGUGGACGGUCUGGGAGUCACGGAGAGCUCUGCGGCAGCACACGGCGCCCCGGCGCAGCGCCCGCGGCGGGCACGGCCUGCUCCUCAAGCUGAGCGUGGCCGUGUGCCUGGGGUUCCUGGCUGCCUGGACCCCCUAUGCCGUGGUUGCACUGUGGGCACUGCUGGGGGACGCCAGCCAGGUGCCAGCGCUGGCCUUUGUGCUCUCGGCCGUCUGUGCCAAGUCCUCGACGCUCUACAACCCGCUGGUGUACCUGCUCUUCAAGCCCAACUUCCACAAGUUCCUCUCCAAGGACAGGGUGCUCCUGCAGGCGCUGCGCACCCUCCUGUGCUGCGGCUGCCGGGGCGCUGCGCUCCAGCCCUUCCCAUCCCCGGGCUUGGGCGGCCGCCCCAGCGCUCGCAGAAGCUGCGCUGAUGCUCUGGAGCGUUUCAGUAGCUUCCCUGGGAGCUGCACACCCCCCCGGGGGCCCGGCAGCUUGGCCCAGCCGGGGCCCCUGGCCGUGCUGGCCGGUGGAGCUGCCGGGCAGCCGGGGCUGAGGAGGACGGUGCAGGUGAUGGUGCUGCUCACACUGAGGUGGCCAGGCCCGGGCACUGCCAGCGUGGCGGGGGAAGCCCUGCCCUCGGCCAUCGCCAAGGACCUGCUCUGAGCCCAGCCCUGCCCAGCUCUGUCCUAGCAGAGCACUGGAACACAAAUGCAGCAUUCUCUCACCCCCAUGCCCGGUGGGUCCCAGAUGUUCCACAAGUGAAGUGACGUGAAGAUGUAAGACCAACCCCUCUGGUUUGGCUCUUGCAGCUCUGAGCCUGGUGUUGGCACUCCCAAAAACAAGAACAAAAAUCGACCCCGGUGCCUGAGAUGUGCCCAGGGUGCAGCCCAGUCUCUUCUGCAGUUUGCUCUCUGGGCCCUUGGCCUAUGUUUUUCCAAACUGGUGCUCUGAUGGCCAAGUAGGAACUUGGAACUUAAAAACUGUGGCUGGCAGGGCGGGCUGGGGGCCAUGAGGGGCAUCUACCUCCAAUACCAGCUCCUGCAACCCCGUAGCAUCCUCUUCUCCUCCUGGGGAGUGGGACUGUCCAUCACAGCUACCUCACCUGGGAUUACAAAGCACCUCCCUACAGGUCUCAGGGACUGCUCUCUGUGCCAGCUGUGCCACCCUGCUCUGUCCCCCUGUGUGAAAGUCACCACUGUCCUACAGACAGAAACGGGAGCUUGUCUUUAGAGUGAGCACCCCCCUGGAGAAGGGACUGUGGCCGCAGGGUGGCCCCGGUGCUGGGACAGCAGCUCAUGCCACCUGCACUGCUGCCUGGGCUGCAGCACCCCACAGGACUGAGGGUGGCCUUUGGAGAUCAGUGGGGGCAGCACACCCUUGGGUACAGCCUGGGACAACAAGGACAAGAAGCUGUGCCAGAGCCUGGUGCAAAGGCAUCCACAGGAUAACCCCACCUGGAAAGUUCCCUGUGCCCUCUGGUACACGAGGGGAUCACACAGCAUCUCCACUGACUGUUCAUCAUGUUCCAGAACUUGUCAUUUCUAAGUAAACUCACACAAAGCCAGCAUCGACUUGGUUCAGCUCUGUUGGUGGCUGCACUCCAGGAUGACGGGAACGCGUCUGGGGCUGGUGCAGAACGGGGCUGGGGCCAUCCCAGGGCCAUCCCAGGGCCAUCCCGGGCCAUCCCAGGGCCAUCCCGCUGCUGCCCAUCGAGAGGAGCCUCCAGAAAGGGACCAGCAGCCGAUUUCCCCAAACACGAAGGGCUGCUGCCAUCUCCUGGGGGCAGCAGCACCCGGGGCUCUCCAGGCAGCAACCUCUGCCUCAGCUGCUGGGCUGCUUAGCUGAGAACAGGAAGAAAUCAAAUGCAGUCUUGCACAGGUUUGCAGAUGACACCAAGUUCAGAUGGAGGAGCUAGUUUGUGGACAGAGGGUCAUGGUUUAAUAUUGGUCUGAUAAAAUAGGAAAUUACCUAAAGUAACUGCCAGGCAAGUAAAAAAAUAAUUUCUUUUCAAAGCAUAUAAGGUGAAGAACUCCAAACUGAAAUGACUGACAGAAAAGCCAUUGUAUUGAUAAAUGAAUAUGAGCACGGGGCACUAUAGUAAAAACUUCUUUUGGUUCCAGAAUAAGGGAGUUAGCUUUGCUCUCUCAGAAUAAACACUUAAUCCUGAGUUUUGACAAAGGUAAUAUUAAGUUUUAGACUAGUUGGUUUUAAAUCCCACAAUCCCCAGUGUGCUCACUGGAAUCGUUUCCGGGCCAUUCCCUCGGCUGCUCCAGACUCCAGAGGGCGGCAGUGACCAGCUCACCUGGGGCAGGUGCGGCCCCGGAGCCACCGGGAGCACCGGGAACCGCGGGCUCGGGAACAAACGGGACAGGAUUGUGACACCCCGCUGUGACAGCAGCUCCAGCACUGAACACCGCAGGAGAAGCUCGCAGGGACCUUCCAGCAGCUCCUGGACAUAAAGGCUCAAGGUGAGGAACGCAGUAGGAGUGAUGGGAAACUGAAGUUUAAUUCAGUCUGCUGGGGUCUAGAAGGGUGACAAAAUGGCCAAUUUUCACACAGAUCCUCCCAGGGACCAAGGAGGCACCGAUGGCUUUCACAGCCUGCUCAGCCCCAGCUGUGCGUGUCCCAGCUCUGGGA